AUGAGACUCCGUCUCUCUGGGUUACUCUUCCUCCUGGUGAUCUCAUUGCCUUCAGGGAGCAGUUUGUUUAACAACAAUGGCGCGACAGUCCGCACCUGCACCAAACUCGGUGGCGACUGUAGCUUCGGCUGUAAGCUGGGGUGGAAGUGGGUCGCCUUCUGUCACAACGUGUUGUCCUGCUGCGUGGAACUGAAGUUUAAUAAACCCCCUCAGACCAAGCUACCAUGA